CGCUCUGCGGCGGCGGCGGCGGCGGCGGCGACGGCGGUGGACAGUGGCGGUUGUUAUUGAUCGCUGGUCGGCCGUCGCGCGUCAUGCGCUGUCGUGGUUUCACGGUAAAACGCGGUGCGGGACGUGCGUGCGGACGCUCGCUAUUCGUCCGGACGAAACUCGCGGGGCAGUGCCUGCCAGCGGUGCCAGUCAGCCGCAUUGUGACAACGCCGGAGAGUGAGCGUGUGUGCGAAUUGUCAAAGUCGCGUCGUUGGCGCACGAAGAAGCCGCCGAGUUCGGCGUGAAAGAUCGCGCGUCGACGAGUCCGGUGGCCGUCUGGUCCGCGGAAACCCCCGGGACGAUCGAGGCGAUCCUGGCAACGAGGAGCGCGCCGCCGUAGGUCGGCGGAUCGAGAGAAUCAGCCGCUGUCGCCGGGAGAAAGUGACGAAGUUUCGAAGUCGCGACGGCUCAUGGCCGGCGGCUCCUCCUGAGCAGCACUCUCGAGGCCCCGUGAGGCCCCGGUCCCGAGGUCCCCCGGCUCGUCGAUUGGCUCGCUCGCGGCCGCAUUGCGAACGCGUGCCAAUAAGCAAUCCGCAAGCGCACCGGGCCGGACGGCCCUCGUGCUUCUCGGUGCCGCUCGGCCGUUAUCGAGGACGCGGACGCAUCUCGACGUCCGGAGAAAAUGAGCCUGCUGUCCUCCUCCAUCGGCGGCGUCCGCUUCCACGCGGACGACGACGCCGACCACAACAUGCUUCAGGAUCUUCAGUUGGCGGCGGAACUGGGCAAAACUCUAUUGGAACGGAAUAAAGAGCUGGAGAAUAUUAUCAAGCUGAAUCAAGCUACAGUGGAAGAACAGGCACAAGAGAUCGAGUACAUGAAAAAGCAGACGGCCGCCUUGAAGGAAGUGAACAACACGCGGUUGAAAGUCUACGAACAAUUGGAAGUCAGCGUGCAAGAUCUGGAACGUGCGAAUCAUCACCUGGUAAUCGAGAACACGAGCGAUAAGAAGCUGAUCAAGAGCCAAUCCGUGACCAUUGAAAAUCUGGAAAUAAGAUGCGAGGAACUCCAGAAGAAGAUCGACGAGCUGACCGAGAACCUGCGCCAGCGAGCCGCGAGCCCCUUUAAAAGCAACGCGCAACAACAGAGUGCGAAGAAGUGCGGCGAUUGGGAAUCUUUGGACACGCAAGGUGGCAGCGAGAAACAGAGAGCUGCCCCGAACUCGCCGAAGUGCUCCCAAGAGACAACCGAUCCGGCCACGGCGAACGACGAGGAGAUGACGAAACUGCUGAGGCAGUUGCAGGACGCUCGCAGUCAGAGGGCUCGGGAGCAGAAGAAGGUGUCGGAGCUCAGUCAGCAGCUGACCACCCUGCUGCAGGAGAACAGCACGCUGGAGGAACAAUUAACCGAACUGCGCAACAAGGCGCAGGACGUGAAGAGUCUGCAGGAUGAAAUCAGCACUCUGGAGGAAGUCAGACGCGGCCAGUUAUGCGGGCGUUGUUUACGCGGCAUAGACACGAGAACGCACGACGAAUUCUCCAUCAUGUUGGAUCAUGAAGAGUACGACGACAUAAGCAUGGCCGAGUCGUUGGCCAGUGAGAGUCAGCGUGACGUCGAACCAGCGAUACAGGACACAGGCGACAAGAACGAAGGCGGCGCCGACGAAACGGAUAGCGCGAAUCCAUAUCGAGUCCUGGUGGAGAAGUAUCAGGCUCUGCUGGAGGUGCAGAGGCACUGUCAGCCCCGUCGCAAGGACGGCGUCCCGCCGGCGUGCAUGUCGUUGCAAGAGGAGCUGGAGAUGUCCGGGGAGUUUAACAAUUUCUAUCCCGCCGCUUCGGAGACCGAGGUCGCCGUCGUCCAGGAGUCGGCGAAGACCGUCUCGCGCACGAAGCCCGAGAUCGCCGGCAAGAAACCGUUCUCGGCCACCCCGACGGACUUCUCCGAGGCCGAGACGUCGUCGUCGGGCUUCUCGGACGAGACGAGCAACAAAGCGACGCAGACGGACGACAGAUCGGGCUCGUUCCUGUGCUCGAUCGCCGACGGCGAGGACUGCAAGUUCAGCAUCUACGACGACAACAGUCCGUUCGAGAGCAGGUUCCGCAAAACGCCCGAGUAUCGGCAGCUCUUCAGCGAGAUUUUCAGCGUGCUGAAACGGGCGGCCGAGGCGAAGGACGAGGGCGAGAAGCUACCGUUGCUGGACGAUUCCGCCGCGUCUCAGGCGACCCGCGAAACGUCCUUCCAGGACGAUCGGCAGAGCGAGGCGACGGACGACAAUCAGAGCGUCAUGUCCUCCAUGGUGUCGUCGGUGGUCUCGGAACCAGUAUUCAGAAUGCAACCCGCCAGCCCGCCCAAAGACGGCCGGCAAGCCGACAGCAAGUCCGGCGGCGUCACCGCGAACGGCCAGCACGACGGAAAGGACGGCAGCUGCCGAAUGGAUUACGUGUCCCUCAACUUGCGUGUGCGCAAGAAGUCCGCGGCGAAGAAGAACUCGGUGAAGAAGGUGCACUGCAACGACCGUUCGUGCACGCCGGACGUCAUCCCGACGACAAAUCCGAAAUUCGUGCCGCCCAAAUCCAACGGCGGCGGCCGAAGAAGAUUCAAGCCGUUCAACCCAGCCGAGCACGAGCAUCCCGCGGCGUGGAACGGUCAGCACAACAACGCUUGUCCGAACCGGUCGCGGGACAACAUCAAGAGGCAGCACGCGUUCACGCGCCCGACCGAGCAGCAGCAGCAGCAGCAACAGCAGCAAAACAAUUAUGAAUACAGGGAUUACAAGCCUAGCACCGCGUCGGAAGAAGUGGCGCGAUUGAAACGGCUGGAGCUGUCCUACGCGGAGGUUCUUCGCACACCGAACAACAAGCUCAGAUCCAACAAUCAUCAUCAUCAUCAUCAUAAUCAUCAUCAUCGUAGAAGCUAAACGGGACGAGUGUAGGCGAAACGAGGGGCGCGUGCAAGAUUAGAAUUUUAUAUUCCGAAUUGUAUCCCGACUAGAAUGAGAAGCCCGCGCGCGUCGGUCCGCGAUCGCGCUCCGCGGCGAAACUCCAGUAUUGUUUCGCGCUUGUAAAUAUAUAUAUCUCGACGGUGCGGAUGGCGUGUAGCGGCAAAUGAUUUUUAGGCACUAAUUGGCGCGCGGGCGUUAGUUUUAAAAUUUGAACGUUUUGUAUCUUAUUGUAUAUCCCCUUCCUUCCACGCGGCGAGAGCGUCACGACGCGGCGUGUAGUAAAUGUUAACGACUUGUUGUUGUUAAUCGUUACGGAGAAGAGAAACAGUUAUUUAUGUGCCAUUUUACUCUCCGUGUCAAAAUAUCAACUUCCGAUUAUGAAACUCGCACUAUUUUCCGAAUAAUAAUGUACACCUUCCUCUCCGAGAGGUGAACUCUUAGUGCAUGUCUCAGCAGCAUCAUGCGCGUGGUGUGUCAGCUUUUAUAUUUUGUAGGUAUGAAUAUUGUGAUCAUGUAUGUAUAAAUAAAUAAAUUCUUUAUCGUAUCGUA